AUGGGGAGAUCGUGCCUGGAGCUGCAAUAUGGCGUACUGUGGAACAUUGUGGAACUUGUGCUUGUCCUCCUCCAGACUCUCUCCAACCAACCUCUGCUCCUGGCAGCAGCGAAGCCACGCAACGUGCGCUUCUUUGCCAAGGAACACGCCUUCGAUUUCGAAGAGACCGUCGAAGACUGGUUCCAGAAGCGAUUUCAAAAGAAGAUCCAAACCUGCCACAGCCUGGAAGAGGAGGUUUCCGGAGUCGUGCUCAUGGGAAGCAAGUCGAAAACCUUACAGCUUGUGAAGCUUCAGUUCCAGGAACACAAGGUGAAGCGAGUGUUUCAUGCGCUGGUCCUGGGCCAUCCGAGCUGGGAUGAUGCAAAGUUCAACACACCGGUGAAAGGAGGGCGACCGUGGACAUUGGCGAAGACCCUGCGGCGGGGUUUCUGGGCCGCCAUUGCCGGCGCUGCAACGCCGCAGCCGAUCGCUCUUGUGGAGGCUUGGACUAUGGUUGGACGAACACAUCAGAUCCAGGAGCACCUCCGCGCAGCUGGACACCCCGUGUUGGGAGACAUCCGCCACGCUGACAUGCCAGAGACGCCGUUUGGAGACGCAGAGCUGCAUUGCUUCCGAGUCUUCCUACACCUUUCGAGACUGGAGCUGUGCCUGCGUGAAGAGGAGCCCACUUUUGUGGAAGUACCACAUGGGUUCGACUGCCACAUAGUUGAUUUGCCGGAAGUGCGUCGCUUGCCGGCCACAGCGCCGCUUGAGUCGCUGCAGUGUUUGGGAACGGAGGUCCUGGACAAAGCCACUGGGUCGGAUGCUGUGGCGCGGCUCAGGCAGUGGUCCUUCCUGGUCAGCACUGACCGAAUCUCGAGAUGUGAUUGCCUGUGGCUCUUGGACCGGUUUCCCGAAAGCUUGACCAACUUCACACCACAUGAGGUGUGGGCAGGUGAAGGCUUCGUAGUGCUGCACAAGCCCUUCAACAGGCUUCUAUACCACAAGAAGCGGCUCCCGAAGGACCUCCCACUAAUGGAUUGGGUCCGAGGUGCUUACCCUCACGAAUCUCCUCGCCUUUGCCAUCGGCUCGACUACGGCACUUCAGGUGUCUUGCUCAUUGCUCUGAACCGCGACACCGCCCGGCAAAGCCUGGACUGGUUCUCCAAGCGUCAGGUAAAGAAGGUCUACCACGCCAUAGUCUUCGGACUUCCAACCUGGCACGACGAGCACACUCUGUCUGCACCACUGCACGGCAAAACUGCCGAAACAACAGUUAAGGUCAUCCAGCAUGGCAGUUGGCUCGCUUCAGAACGGCCCUUCGCUGCCUCGCUUGUCGAGGCAUCGCCUCAGACGGGGCGGACACAUCAGAUCCGUUUGCAUCUGGCGAUGGCAGGGCAUCCGAUCAUAGGUGACACGGACUACUCGCCUUCGUUUGCGCAUCGCCUUUACUUCAGGCUCUGUUUGCAUGCCACCAGCAUCAGCCUCCCAUUGCCAUUGGGAGAAAGCAGUGUUACUGUGCAUGCGAAGCAUCCAUUUGACGCGUUGCUUGGCCAUUUUCACGAGGAUGUAGAGAGUCUGGUGAUCCCGUCCCUCUUCUCCGACGCGAGAAGUGACUCACACGAUUCUUUUCAAGAUGGUCCAGAGUGA